AUGCCCCACCGCGCGGCCGCCAUCGCCGCUGGGGAGCUGGGCGAUCUGCAACUUGCGCCGCUGGAGGCGCAGCCCGAGCUGGGUGACGAGGAGACGGAGUUCCGCAUCGAGCUGGAUCUCGAUGCCACGGGGUACCUCUGCCGGCCGAUCAUCGCCUCGGACAGCCAGAUGAUCGAGGCGGUGCUGGAGCAACUGGGUCUCAGCACCUUGAGCCUGAUGUGGUGGCACACGACGGACCCGCACUCCUCGACGUGGGGCCACCGGCUGUCGAUGCGCCUGCAGAGGUACCUCUUCCAGAUGGAGGCCCGACAGUACCUGAAGGAGGGCACCGGGCAUGGGCUGGCCCCGCUGACGGACGCCCUGAAGCGGGUGCUCAUCCGGACGUACACCGGCUCGGUGGGGCGCUUUGCGCGCCGAUACCAGGGCCACUCGGCCCCCAUCUUCCUGACGACCCUCAACCCGGCGGAGCAGCGCUGCCUGGUCAGCGGGGCCGACACCAUGAUGCGACACUUUUUGUCGGCCUCGGCCGAAGCCGGGCCGGCGCUUGAGAGCGAUGACGGCCCGCCGCUGCCGGCGCCGCCGGUGCCCCCGCCCGGGGCCAGCCAGCACCAGCUGGCAUGGGAGCUCCUGGCCGAGGGGACCACCGUCCCGGCCGGCGGGCCUGCCACGGGACCGACAGCCCCGGGGACCGAGGGGAAAGCCAAGCGCCGGCAGCCGGGCCGGGGCGGCCGCUGGCGUCGCGACCAUGCGCCGGCCGCCGAGCCGGCCGAUGUGUUGCUGCUGCCGGCGGUGCCAGGCACAGGCGGCAGUGCCGAUCACCCGGCCAAUGGGGCCGCGCAGUCGGAGGGACUUGUCCCGGGGCGAGCGCCCGCGCCGCGAAAUGUGUUCGCCUUGCAGGCUCCCCGGGCCGCCAGACGGCGGCCCUUUUUCAGUGUGCUCUUUGGUACGCACGGCCAACGGUUCACCGUGGCCGGCAGGACGCGCGGCCUGGACACGGUCACCCGGCCAGCGUCGACUCGACCCUACCCGCCGGAGCAUUCGUUGGACCCGGUUUUCGCCUCCGAAGGCGACCUGGCCGCCAUGAGCACCAGCAGUAGUGGCAGCAUCAGCAGCAUCAGCAGCACCGGGGGCGCGGGGCUGGCGGAGGAACUGUCCGCGCCGGAGGCCCUGCCAAUGGGCGGCGAGUUGGAGCCGGCCACGGUGGCCCAGCGGCGGUGGCUCACACGCGAGCGCAUGAUCCGCGUGUACUGCGACAGCCUGCCUGACCCGGUGUGCGCCGGGUGCCGCGCCGAAGGCGGCGGACCCCGGCACCGGGCCGGCCGGGCGGGGCGCCGCCCGGGACGCAGCUCCCCCCGGCCCGAGACCGGGCCCCGGGCCCGACGCGAGCCCUAUUACCACACCGGCUUCGAGGCGGCCGACUGCCCGGGCUGCCAGUCACUGCACUGGGGCACGCCGCGAUACCCGAGCGUGACAUACAUCGGCGGGCCGAGCAUCGACUUCCUGGCCAGUCACCCGUCGCAGGCCGGGGCCCGGGGCCCGGGCUACACACCGUCGGCCUCGACCUCGGCGUGGGCCACAUCGACGGAGGGGAGUUGUGCCUCGACUCCGGCGGCCAGCCCGGGCCUGGCCGGGUCCGGGAGCUCGACCCGGCGCAUGGCCCAUCGCAUGAGCACCCUGGUUGACAGGAGCCCCCUCCACUCGAAGGACUACUCGGGCAGCUUGCAUACCGAGGCCCGACCCAACUGGAAGGCCCAGGUGGUGGAUGCCGGGGCCCCGGCCCUGCAGCGGUCCCCAAUGCAGGCGGCGGCCCCGGGCGAGGUGGAUCUCCUCCGGCCACUGCGCACUUCGCGCUCGGUGGAUUUGGCCGUGCACCCGGGCGGCGCACGCCCAGUCGCGGCCCCCGGGGCUCGAGUCCGGCGGGCCACCUCCAGCGGUGCGCUGGCCCGAAGCUCGCCCCCCGGGCAGGAUAGCCCCCCGGCCGGGCCGCCACCGUCGCCGCCAGGCAUGUUCCUCCGGGGCUUGGUCCCGGGACCGGGCCCCGAGGGACAGCCACCACGCAGUCGCCCCCGGACUCCCAGCGAGGAGGCAGAGGAGUCGGACCCCGAGGCGCCCCUGACCGGGGACCUGGCUUUCCUUCGGCCAGCCACCGUGGCCGAAGCCGCGGCCCUCGAUCACCCAUCACUCCUGGGGGCGGGGGGCGACGCCGGCGGGGCGUUUGGCGAGGAGGACGACGACGAGGAUGAGGAUGAAGACGACCAGUGCCCCUUCCCCGGGGCCCUUGGCGGCAUGCUUGCCCCGGAGGACCCGACCGCUUCGCCGACCGAGGGGCGCCGCCGGCGCUUUGUUCGGUCCUGGCACCGGAUGGGCUUUUAA